UCCCAUGCCCUCCCCCUCCUGUCCAUCAUCUGUCAUUGACCAAUCACAUCCUCAGUCAGUGAGUCCCCGUGACAACCUGUUGUUAGGCAACACGGUCGAGCAAGACUCAGAAGAGGAGGUGGAGGAGCAAGUGGAGGAGCGAGAGGAGGAGGAGGAGGAGGAGCGAGAGGAAGAGGAGGAGGAGUUUGCUGCCCGCUUGUACUCACCUGUAACACAUGAACAACAAUCCAAUCAUCACGGCUCCACGCUGCCGCCGGUCCCGCCCCCUCACCGACAGCAGCCCUCGAUAACGGCGCUCAACCAGUCGCUGGGCUCCACGCACCACGCUGGACACUCCCUGAACUCCACGCGGCAGCUAACUCCUCCCACUGGAAGCCCGGCCCCCGUGGCCGGCCAAUCACCAGCCGAGCUGCAGACCACGCCCCCCGAGAGCGUCCCGCUGCAAGACAGCUGGGUGCUGGGUAGCAAUGUGCCUCUGGAGACAAGGCACUUCCUUUUUAAGACAGGUACAGGCACCACCCCCCUCUUCUCCACAGCGACUCCUGGCUACACCAUGGCGACAGGCUCGGUGUAUUCCCCACCCACCAGGCCGUUGCCCAGGAAUACGCUGUCCCGCUCCGCCUUCAAGUUCAAGAAGACCCCAAAGUACUGCUCAUGGAGGUGUACAGCCCUCAGUGCUGUUGGACUGUCUGUGCUGCUCUCUGUCCUGCUCUGUUACUGCAUAGCGAUGCACCUGUUUGGUCUGAAUUGGCAGCUUCAGGAGAGCGAGGGAUACGGGCCGUUUGAAAACGGAGCAGUGGGCAGGGAUACGACCCCGAACACCUUCAUGGUGUCAACAGACAACGGUAAAAUGUUUCUGCUCGAGAACAACACCAUAGACAUAGGAGAGGUGGACGUGGGGAGAAGAGCCAUACAAGACGUUCCACCAGGAGUGUUUUGGAGGUCGCAGCUCUACAUUGACCAACCACAGUUUUUAAAAUUCAACAUUUCUGUCCAGAGAGACGCUCUGGUCGGGGUGUACGGUCGUAAAGGUCUCCCGCCGUCACACACACAGUAUGACUUUGUGGAGCUGCUGGACGGCAGUCGCCUCAUUUCCAAAGACAAGCGGGCGCUCAGUGACGUGGAGGCAGGAAACGCACGCCCCCCCACAGGUGAACACGAGGAAGAAUCCGUAACGCGACACACUCGCUCCGUGAACGUUCACGAGGCCGGCUUCAUCCAGUAUCUCGACACUGGAAUCUGGCAUCUGGCCUUUUACAACGACGGCCGCAACACGGAACAAGUCUCCUACAAUACCAUCAUCAUUGAGUCAAUUAUGGAGUGUCCUCAGAAUUGUCAUGGCAACGGAGAUUGUCUCUCAGGAAUAUGUCACUGUUUCCCAGGAUUUCUUGGGCCUGACUGCUCUCGAGCGGCCUGUCCGGUGCUGUGCAGCGGGAAUGGCCAGUAUUCCCGCGGACGCUGCCAGUGCUACAGCGGCUGGAAAGGCACCGAGUGCGACGUUCCCACAAACCAGUGCAUCGACAUCCACUGCGGAGGCCACGGAAUCUGCAUCAUCGGCGCCUGCAUCUGCAAUACUGGUUAUAAGGGCGACAACUGUGAGGAAGUCGACUGCGUGGACCCCAGCUGUUCGGCUCACGGCGUGUGUAUCCACGGCGAGUGUCACUGUCAGCCGGGAUGGGGCGGAGCCAGCUGUGAAAUCGCCAAGGCCAUGUGUCCGGACCAGUGUUCGGGUCACGGAACCCACAACGCGGAGACCAGCACCUGUGCCUGCGAUCAGCACUGGACUGGGCCCGACUGCUCGUUAGAGGUGUGUGAAGUGGACUGCGGCAGUCACGGCGUGUGUUACGGCGGCGUGUGUCGCUGUGAGGACGGCUGGACGGGGACCGUGUGUGACCAGAAGGCCUGUCACCCGCUGUGCAGCAAGAACGGCGUGUGCAAGGAAGGGAAGUGUGAGUGUGACCAGGGAUGGACAGGGGAGCACUGCAACAUUGCUCACAAUCCGGACAUUAGAGUAAAAGGAUAUAAAGAGGGUUGCCCGGGGCUCUGCAACAACAACGGACGCUGCACCCUGGAGGCCAGUGGCUGGCACUGCAUCUGUCAGUCGGGAUGGCGAGGGGCGGGGUGUCACGUCGCCAUGGAAACGAUCUGUACCGACGGAAAGGACAACGAAGGAGACGGCCUGGCCGACUGUAUGGAUCCGGACUGCUGUUUACAACCUUCCUGUCAGAAUCAGUUGUACUGUAAAGGGUCACCUGACCCGGGGGAGGUGCUCGGCCAGUCUCUGUCCUCAUUGGCUCCUCAGCAGGCUGCGAGGUCGUUCCAUCAGCGCAUUCACUUCCUGGUCGGUCCUGAAUCCACUCACGUUAUCGCCGGAGAGAGUCCGUUCAACAGAAGUUUGGUGUCGAUCGUCCGUGGUCAGGUGUUGACGGCUGAUGGAACUCCUCUGAUCGGCGUCAACGUGACGUUUGUUCAUUUUCCUGAACACGGAUUCACCGUCACACGCAGGGACGGCAUGUUCGAUCUCUUGGCGAACGGCGGAGCGUCUCUGACUCUGAGCUUCGAGCGCGCUCCGUUCAUCGCUCAGUACAGGACGGUGUGGGUGCCGUGGAACGUCUUCUACGUGAUGGACACGCUGGUCAUGAAGAAGGAGGAGAACGACAUCCCCAGCUGCGACCUGAGCGGAUUCGUCCGCCCCAGUCCCGUCAUCGUCGCGUCCCCUCUGUCUACGUUUUACAGGAGUUCCCGCGAGGACGGCCCCAUCGUCCCCGAGACACAGGUUUUACAGGAAGAGACCUCGAUACCAGGCAGCGACUUGAACCUCAUCUACCUGAGCUCGAGGGCGGCGGGCUACAAACCCGUCCUCAAAGUCACCAUGACGCAAUCAUCGAUCCCGUUCAACCUCAUGAAGGUUCACCUGAUGGUGGCAGUAGUGGGUCGACUUUUCCAGAAAUGGUUCCCCGCUCAACCCAAUCUGUCCUACACCUUCAUCUGGGACAAGACAGACGCUUAUGGACAACGUGUGUAUGGACUCUCUGAGGCUGUGGUGUCCGUGGGCUUUGAGUACGAGUCCUGCCUCGAUCUCAUCUUAUGGGAGAAGAGGACGGCCGUUUUACAAGGCUACGAGCUGGACGCGUCCAACAUGGGGGGGUGGACGCUGGACAGACAUCACAUCCUGGACGUACAGAACGGUAGGUGCCAAUUAAAAAAAGAAAAUACGCAGAACCGACUAAAUCAUCUCUAUUAAUAAUAAUUAAUUGAUUGUGUUAAUGCAGAAUUGAAUUUAAAGAAGUAAAGCAAGGUAAUAAAAAAGUGUAUGUUUAAAGAUCAUGUUAUACUGAUCUUGUA